AAAAUGUUUGUAAAAGCUGCAAUCUGGAGGAACGCGCAGCAGGAUGUGGAUUUUAAUAUAACAUAGCUCUGGACUGAAGCUUCACACGAGAGAAAAUCAUGAACCUGCACCGCGGGCACCGACCACACAGCGGCGCUCUCCCUAGCAACGCGCCCGAGCUUCAGUUUACCCUAGCAACCAAGAUGGAGGACGAUCAUGUGAGAAAAACUGGAGCAAAAGGGACUGAAAAUGUCACAGAAGAAGAGAAAGAGGCUCUGCGCAUCCGAGUCGAACAGAAAACGAGCCGCGUCGCCGCCCUGGUGGCAGAAAACCACAUGUUGGAGCAGUUCCUCGGUCGUUUAGAUCCUCACGAGCUCCUCUCCGCUGAAGACCAGGAAACAAAACAUGGAGGGCGGAGCAGGUGGAGGCAGAAACCACAACCUGAACAAGAGCUGACGCUGCAACAGAAGAACUACGUCCUCAGAAGUGAAGUUCUGGAAACUCAGCAGGAAGAAGAAAAGAUGAGACGCAAAUAUGAAAGAAAAAUGGAGCAUCUCAGGGAUGUGAUGAAAGAGGCCGACGUUCGCUCUGAGGAGGUGAAGAAGACGAGGGCGGAGUUUGAACGGAGACUCGUUAAACCUCUGAAAGAAAAAAGACUGGAUCUACACGAGCCCGAGAAAGUACUGCAGUACAUCAAGGACAAGUCCAAGAUGAAUCAGAUGGAGAAGUGCAGUCUGCAGAUUCAGUCCAUGAGGGUUUACGAGAAGAAACUCCGACAGCAGCUCCAGCAGAGGAAAGACCUGGAGAAGAACGACUACAAGGAUCUUUUCCAGGACGUCCGUGAGGAGCAUCACGACCAACAUUUGGAUGAAGUUCUUGUCAACAACAUAAAAACACAGCACCUGCUUAAUUCUUAUAAGGACAAACUGCAAAGAGCCACGAGGGAAUUAUCAAACAUCGAGAGAGAGAUCGCAGAGAAGGAGCAGAAGUCGCUGAGGCUGGAGGAGAGAGUUCGACUCGCGCAAGACGAAUGUUUUCAAGCCCAAAUUCUUAACGAGCGCCUGCGGAGCCAGAUCGCGGAGUACGAGGCCCCCGACACCACCGAGUACAUGCUGAUGAAGGAAAAACACAGGAAGCUCCAGCAGAGUAUCCUCACGUGGGAGCGCAGGGCCGGGGCUGCUGAGACGGCCUUGAAAACGUACGGUAAGUCGUGGACCAAACCAAGAGCCACUUUGACUCCAGUGAACAGCGCCGAGACUCGGGCGUGGAGCGGAGGAGGGCGGGGCUCCGUGAAGCUUCCAGACAUCGCAGAACAUAAAGAGAUUACGACGAAUAAAAAUAUAAACAUGUGAAAACACAAGAACACACACUAGUGGUCCAAAGACUCAUUCAAAGCUUUUUUCUGUCUUUAUUUUUACAACUUUCUACAUUUUAUUCACACAGAAAAUGUCAAAUAAAUGAAGUAAGAUCUGUGGAAAAACUAAAUUUAAAUAUUUUUUGUACUAUUUUAUA